AUGACAUCCUCGAGCGUCUACGCGUCAACCCAUGACGCAGCAACCAUCCGCACUCACGAAUGGCGCACCAUCGCCAAUUCCGCCGCAUACCUCAUCCCCCAUCUCAAACCCAACAUGAAAAUCCUCGAUGUUGGCUGUGGUCCGGGAUCCAUCACCAUCGACCUAGCCACCAACUACGUGCCGCAGGGAAGCGUAAUCGGGCUCGAGUAUAGCAGCAAGCCCUUGCUUCAUGCGCAAAAGAAUCUUGAUGCAGCAGCAGCAGCAAAGAAAGGAGACAAUAAUAAUGAGAUUAACGUUCAAUUCGUGCAAGGUGACGUGCUAGACAUGAAACAUCUCUUCGCCGAUAACACUUUUGACGUGGUGCAUGCGCACCAAGUCCUGCAGCAUGUCCCCGACCCGAUUAAGGCGCUUGAGGAGAUGAGAAGGGUCGUCAAACCCGAUGGCCAGGGGAUCAUCGCAUCCCGGGAAUCAGCGUCGAUGACGUGGUAUCCUAAACUUCCGGAAUUGGAUAUGUGGUACAACGAUGUUUAUCUGCAGGUAGGCAGAAACCUAUUAGGCGGGAACCCGGAUCCGGGAUCCUUCAUUCAUGUAUGGGCGCAAAAGGCCGGGUUUGAGAGAUCGAUGAUUACUUGUUCGGCUGGGACGUGGUGUUUUAGUAAACCUGAAGAGAGACGAUGGUGGGGAGGUAUAUGGGCUGAGAGAGUGUUGGAUCCGGACUACGUUGAGAAGGCGGUUGAUAGAGGUGGGUAUUGUACGAGAGAGGAGCUGGAGAGAAUUGCAGCUGCGUUUAAGGACUGGGCGGAGGAUAAGGAUGGUUGGUUUACGAUAACGCAUGGGGAGAUGAUAUGUCGGAAGUGA